UGGUUGUCAGCCGCCGUCACUAACGAAGCAGUAUUGUUAGCCGGCUGAAAGACUGCUGCUUCAUCUGUCGUCAGCUUUCUCCAGAUUGAUACAUAAUCGAGACUACGAGGGUUUUAAGAGUUGUCACUUUGUGGUGAAUUUUUUUUGAGGUGUCUUUGCUUCAGCACUGAACAUGGCUGAUCCUAAAUACGCAAAUUUACCUGGAAUUGCUUUUAACGAACCAGACGUGUAUGAGACUGGAGACCUUCCAGAGGAUGACCAGGCUCAGUUUGAGUCGGAGCUGGAGGAGCUAUGCAGUGACAGCGUAGAGAGGAUUGUGGUCAACCCCAAUGCAGCCUACGAUAAGUUCAAGGACAAACACAUCAACACCAAAGGACUCGACUUCUCAGACAGAAUCAGUAGAAACAGAAGAGUCGGGUACGAGUCGGGAGACUUUGAGAUUCUUGGAGAAGGCUGCGGGGUGAAAGAAACACCUCAGCAGAAGUACCAGCGUCUGGUAAAUGAAAUCCAGGAACUCAUUCAGGAUGUGGAUUCAAUCCAGUCUGCUACAAAGGAAAGCAACGCAGAGGAACGGUUGACCCCGGUGGUGCUGGCUCAGCAGGCAGUGCAGCUCAAACAGCAGCUGGUUUCUGCGCAUCUGGACUCGCUGCUGGGACCACAGGCACACAUCAACCUGGCCGAUCCAGAUGGAGCUCUGGCUAGGCGCCUGCUCACCCAGCUGGAAGUGGCCAAAGGCUGCCGUGGCCCUGCAGGAGACAGCAAGUCAACAGCAGCCGCCGCAGCGAAGGGCCCAGACGCCGUGGUUCUGUACGAGCUCCACAGCCGACCAGAGCAGGAGAAGUUCAAUGAGUCGGCCAAGAUGGCAGAGUUGGAGAAACGUCUGGCUGAGCUGGAGACGGCUGUUGGCUCAGGAUCAGACAAGCAGGGACCUCUGAGCGCCGGUGUACAAGGAGCCAGUCUGAUGGACACCAUGGAGCUGCUGCAGGCCAGGGUCAGUGCACUGGACGCUGCCACUCUGGAUCAGGUGGAAGCACGACUGCAGAGUGUCCUCGGGAAGAUGAACGAGAUCGCAAAACACAAGGCGACGAUUGAGGACGCUGAUACGCAAAACAAGGUGUCCCAGUUGUACGAUGUGGUGCAGAAGUGGGACGCCAUGUCCACUUCCAUACCUCAGGUGGUGCAGAGGCUGGUCGCCGUCAAGGAGUUGCAUGAGCAAGGUAACAUUUGCCUCGCAGGCCAGAAUGAGGUUCAUAAUUUUAACGGCUGGCGUAGAAUGAUUGGGCGAAAUUAUAUCUGAUAUAAUGAAGGAGAUGAAACCUAAAACUUGGCACAUUUUAUGUAUGCUGCCAUCUAAUGGCAUCAACUGAACUUACAGUCGAUUAGUUGUAACGCAUGAAACAGAAGUAUCGACAUCCGCCUUAACCACACCUUGUACCAGUGUUUGGCCGGCCGGAUUAGAAAGCCCAGCGGUCCGUGUCUGGCCCACAGGGAGUAGUUUGUCUGUGCCUAAUAUAGAGCCUGAAACUGACCGUUUUAUUUGCACAUUACUCCACAAAAUCAGAGUUAACCCACUGCUGUACGUGAAUCAACUGGAGCUCAAGAACUGCACCGUGUAGCACACAAUCGUACCGUUGUUGACUAGACUCAACAACAAAGAAAACUUGGAUAAUGUAUGUGAGGUGGAGGGUAACCUUGGAGUUACACCCAUGAGAGUUCAAGGAGUGGGUGUAUGUAGGUUAGUGGGGGAGGGGCUGAGCCUCAGAGGCUGAAACAAUGAUGAAACACAGGACCUGAACCCAGAUCAUGAUUCAGUUUGGGCAGGUAUUUCUGAAAAUUUUUUUUUUUUCGUCAUGACAUUAAAAAGAUUCCAAUGACUGGAGUUGGUGUUUUUUACAAUAAAAAUGUAUUUUAAAAAAGUAGGUAAAUAUUAGAGUAAAUAUUGCAGCAGUGUAUUACUCAUCAGUAUCAUUUUUAAUUUCUCAAACUAAAGCAGAAACUUGAAAUUAUUCUAUCAUAUUGAUCAUUUAUGUCUACGAGCAGCUGAUUUUUUUUUUUUUUUUUUUUUAUCAUGAAGCCUCUGAUCUGUCAUAGUCUGACCAAGAACUAUUUUUCAUUCAAUACUCUGUGCCUUUCAGUGAACGCACAACAAUGUUAUGAAUCACUUUUAACUGUGGAUUUGAUUCAUUUCUACCCACUGUUUUUUUUCUCCUCCCCUAAAACAAAAUUACGUAAAUACUAACUCUGUGCCUUACUGUGUCCUUGUCU